AUGAGGAUCUCACCACUUGCAGCGAUCUGCACCCUCUUCGGCGUCUCCUCAGCAGCACCUUACACAGACCAUGACGCACAAAGCUCACUCUCAUUUGCCUACAUGUAUGGCUUCCCGCUUUACGCGUUUGGCGACAUUGCCAGGCCUUUGCUCGCCGCAGGUGUCCCACUGAUACCCAACAUCAACCUCGCUUCGCCGGAACCGAAUGAACCUGGCGCUGUUGGCGUUGUGCGACCUAAUGCUGAUACCAUGUAUUCCAUUUUGUUCAUGGACUUGUCGAGGAGUGACCUUAAAGUUACUGUCCCCGAGAUCCCCGAGGGUCGAUACUGGGUGUUUCCGUUUUGCUCACCAUAUGGCGAUGAUCUGGUCAACCUUGGCAAUCUCGGCGGCAGCAAGCCUGGUGACUACCUGGUCAGGUACAACUCUAAGAGCUACGGUCUACAAACCGACAAUGUACCAGAAGGCUACGUCGGCGUCGUCAAUUUCCCCAUGCCAUACGGCCUCGUAAACUCCCGAAUCGUCACCGACCGCACAGACGAAGACGUAGCUAUCGUCGCAUCUCUCCAAAAAGGCUUCGGCGUUCGUCCAGUCCCUAGAUCUGGAAAGCCUGUUGCUCCAAGACUCGACCUCUCCAUGUUUGUCCAGCCCGAGUACACGGCCCAGAACCAGUCACUGUAUCAAGCUGUGAUGAACACUGCCGCAGCUCUCACCCCACAUCUGCCACCUUACAUCGUCUCCGAUCGCAAGUCUGUCGCAAAGGACCUCAAGAAGGCAGGUUUCAACGAUGGAAAGUUUAUUCAACCACCUGGUACAAACUUGACGGCUGCGGUGAAUACUGCCAACCUAACAUCAAAGUCCUUUGCUUCCAGACCAGAUGUGUCAAAGGAUGUCGGUAACGGCUGGUCGCUCAUCGCCGAUCGGUACAUCGGUAAAUUCGACUCCUACUACAACAUGCGAUACCAGAUUGGUCUCACAGCCUACCUCGCCCUGUCACAAUCGGAAUGCGCUUACCCAUCAUAUGGAUCAUUUGAGGAGACCAUCUCCGUCAAAGAGGGUGAAUCUAUUGUUUGGACGUUUACCGCGCCUCCUAAGAUUCGAGAGGGUGGUUUUUGGAGUCUUACUGCCUAUGGGCCCAACCAAGAUCUGAUUCCCAACGACCAGGAGAAGUACAUGGUUGGAGACAGGAGUAACUUGACGUUCCCUGAUGGAAGUUCGAUCGCGGAUGGUGGUGAGGGGCCUUUUCAGGUUUUGCUUCAGGAUUCUAGCAUCGCGCCUCCGUCGAACUGGACUAACAACUGGCUACCUAUCACUCCUGGAGGUGGAGAUAUCUCAGUUACUAUGCGAUGGUAUGGCGCGGAAGAAGAGAUGGUUGAUGGGACAUAUGUUCACCCCAAGAUGUCUCUUGUCGAUGUUAUCAAGGAAUAA